GAUGAACCCACAAUUCAAGCUGGAGAAACUACAUCUGUAUAGAUGCAGGAUUACAGAGGAACAGAGUCUCAUCCUGACUUCAGCUCUGAAAUCAAACCCGUCACACCUGAGAGAGCUGGACCUGAGCGGGAAUAAACUAGGAAACACAGGAGUGAAAAACCUCAGUGAUCUACUGAUGAACCCACAAUUCAAGCUGGAGAAACUACAUCUGGUUGACUGUGGCAUUACAGAUGUUUCUUAUUUAACUCAGUCUUUGACGAACUCAAAAGCACUGCAGUUUUUAAAAGAGCUUGAUCUGAGAGACAAUAAGAUCGGAGACUCAAAGCAGCGGCUCAGAGACGAGCUACGAGACUCAAACUGUAUCCUGAGAGUAGAUGAAGAUUGAUCAUAAAACAUCAGUGGAUUUCCAUCAAGGUUUAAAUCUGUGAAACGGAGAUGAGAGGAGCAGAAACCAUCAGGUGAUCCACAGAAGAGUCUCACUGGUGUCUAUGAGGAGAAAUACUCGUGUAAAUGUGUUUCAUACAGGUGGAAGAGACUCAGACUUCACUUUUAAAUAAAGCAGCGUGUGUGUUAGCAUGCGUAUUAGAAACAUGUGAUAUUGAAUGAUUAAUGUUGGUUUAUUAUUCAGACAAAUGAUGGUUUAGUUGUAAUUAAAGGUGGAACAGAGGAAGAAGCUCAGAUGAGUGUCAGCAGAAAUCUUCACUAUCAGGCCUGCAAAUAUAAUAAUGUUUAGACUAAACUCAUCCAGAAUUAUUCAGGUAUUUCUAAUCAUGAACGUGAUCGUCAAGUAUAGCACAUAAAAGAUAAAUAUAUGUUUCCAAAUAUAUAAAGUUUAACCUUUAAACCUUCACAUUGUCUCUGUAACAUUUUAUACACAGAAUAUGUUUAUUGUUAUUGUUUUAUUGUAUAUGAAGUUAGUUAGUGUGUGUGUGUGUUGCUGAUGCACAGAUGUAAAGUAUAUUGUCUCUGUUCUGUGGAUGAAGUCUCUUCUCCUCUUCAGACCAACUAAACAUUUUCCCCAGUUAA